AUAUAAUAUUUUCAAAAUUACGGAAGCAUUAUCCAGCCCAACACAAGAAAGCUUAUCCCUUUUUCCUUCAGAAACAAAACCAGAGGCUUCUCAACUUACAGAGAACUCCGCUCAGAAACAAUGGCAGUUUCCGCAGUCUUAGGCUUUACGCCGGUCAGUUCUUCCGGUGUAAUGGCAGCGUCGUCAUCGAAACUUCACUUCAGAACUAAACCCAAUCCCGAGCUAGGGUUUCUCUCUUCUCAAUUGAGCGGCAUCAAAAUCUCCUCCAACCACUCGCUGAUCUCCCCUUCACCCAUUUCUGCUCCUCUCAGACCUGCGCUUCAACCUGUUGCACGUAGAGUUUGCCCCUUUACUGGGAAGAAAGCAAACAAGAAGAACUUGGUUUCUUUCUCGAACCACAAGACCAAGAAAUUGCAGUUUGUAAAUCUUCAAUACAAGAAGGUUUGGUGGGAAGCCGGGAAGCGUUUUGUCAAACUACGCCUGUCAACAAAGGCUUUAAAGACCAUUGAGAAGAAUGGACUUGAUGCUGUUGCUAAGAAAGCAGGAAUUGAUCUUCGUAAGGAAUGAUUAUAUAAUUCAUGCCUUUAAUUUUACUCUUAGACUUUGAGGAAGAUUUGUCGAAUUGCACAAUCAUGUCGUAUCCUGCUGGUUUUUGCCUAUCCUUGUUGUUAGUAAUCUGUUCAUUUAUGUCACAUUAUUCUUGUAUCCUUGCUUUCCUCCAUUUGGCAAUGAAGCUGAAAUCCAUCCCUUUUCCUUUC